GUUGAAUUCGUUGUUCGUCUUGCGGAGCUGAAACGGAUGGAUCCUCGUCGUGUGCUCGGCCUGUUGGGACGGCUGUACGAGGAGAUACUGCGCCAGGCCAUCAGGCUUGUCACAGCCGUGUCCAUCUGCAUGCUGACCGUGAGCGUACUCAUACGGGUUUUGGAGAGCAGCCGCAACGACGACCUGAGGCUGGGCUACGUGCGUUAUCCGGACAAGGACGGGGAAGGAGGAGGCGACGAGGAGCACGUCAUGCUGAUGAGCUCAUUCGCGAACGCCUUCAGCUUCCUCUCGGUCAUCAUGAUCGUCAACUGCACAAUGGUGCUGCUCUACAAGGGUGGCCACUACCGAAUCAUACAGGCUUGGCUUAUGGGUGGCUCGGCCAUCUUGCUUUUCGCCACGGGCUACUACUACGGUGGCCGACUACUGUUCUACUUCAACUUUUCGGUGGACCACUUGACGUGGUCCUUCAUCACCUGGAACGUGGGCAUGGCGGGCAUCGCGGCACUCUACUUCGAGGGGCCGUUUCUGAUGCAGCAAGGAUAUCUGAUAUACACGUCCGUGCUCAUGGCCCUUACCAUUGAGGAGUCCCUUCCAGAGUGGACCUCCUGGACAUUGCUUGUACUGAUCUCCAUCUGGGACGUAUUCGCUGUGCUGUGCGUAGUGGGGCCGCUUCGGAUGCUCCUAGAGACGGCGAAGGAACGCAAUGAACCUCUGUUCCCCGCGCUAAUAUUUUCCACGUCAUCCGCCUGGUCUUACGACCUUGGUGAACGCACAGCGAGCCUGACCGACGUCCGCGCUUUUUCUUCGGCUGUGGCUGUACGUACAGAUCACUGCUCUUGCGAAGCUGAAAAAUUUCGUUCUAUGUUGACUUCUCCCACACCUGUCCAUGCCAUACAAUCAGUGAAUGAACACAGUGUUCAUGAUACCAUGCCCAACUCACCGUCUAGCGCUCAGGCUCGUGAGGAACAUACAUACUCCCUUCCUGUCUCGACUGUGACUUCGGACUCGUUGACUGCGUCGACAAAUCAAGGGUAUCUGUCCUCGUCAGAUGAAAUUCAAGAAACAUCGGUAGUGGUGCGUUCGGUACGCAAACAAAAGCUGGCAAUGUGCAAGGCGUCAGGCGCCACGACAGGCCCUGGCGAAACAGGCAGCACGCCAGGCAAGAAGGAACACGCUGGCGGCUCGUCAUACGAGCGGACUCCCGCUAGGCAAGAUCCAAGAGAGUUCCGGGCCACGUUUUUUUCACGCAACGCUAGGGACUUGCGCGGAACGCAUGGCGCCGACUUCCCCGACGCUCAACGCUAUCAAACGACUCCGCCUUUCAUCCCAGCGGAGAACAUUUCCCCUUGCAGCUGUCGUAACCGACGUGACAGACCCGCGUACACCACCGACGCUGCAAGAGGAUACGCGUACCAGGCACCCGCAGAUGGCCUGCCCGGGGAUCGAGGCAUGAAGAUGGGCCUGGGUGACUUCAUCUUCUACAGUGUCCUCGUGGGCGAAGCUUCGAGGCGUGGCAGUGCUGUCACGGUGGUCGCCUGCUACGUGUCCAUAAUAGUGGGCAUCCUUCUCACGCUCGCCUUACUGGUGGUGUUGCAGAAGCCUCUGCCGGCGCUGCCUCUGUCGAUCAGCCUGGGCAUGUUAGCCUAUUUUUCAAGUGUCUCUCUCGCCGAGCCAUUCCUCGACGCUGUGGGAUCCUUGGCGCUUUAGACAAAAGGAGCUAGCAACGAAUAGUCCUCGCAAGUUGGACAUUCAAAUUUAAAUAGGCCUGCUGAGCUCUAACUGUACUUUCUCUGCGUCUACCAUUAUUUUGCCUCAUAUGCUAACGUCUCCGUGCCCUGGGCUGCUCUUCUGACAGCGCUACACUUUGAAUAAAUAUGCGUCAAUUCUAAGAACCUUA